ACACAUGACGAGGGAAACGUAGAACACACUUUAUUUAGUACUUGGUAGUUUUAAUAACAUGGCAAGAACAACCACAUUAUUGUGGACGCAUGGCAAGACGCGAGUUAUGUUUAAUCGUCAUAGUGCUUGCGAUGGUGGCGAUGGCGAUGCUUGUGGCUAUCCUCAUCGUUUGAGUCAUCAUCACCCUGCCAUUUUUAUUUUAAAGUCUAGUCACAAUCUAGGAGCUAAGAAGCAAUUCACAUUAUAUAAGAUUCAAUGCUGCAGGAAUAUAUAUUAAUUAAGUAGUUCUAAAUUGAAAUGGAACUAAUGCACUCUUGAAUCUGCACUGAAGACAGUUCUUGGCACAGAGAUGAGAAUUGGUUUUCCUGCUUUUGAUAAAAUAAGGUGGGAUGAAUUUGACUUGUUAAAUAAGAUUGGGUUGCAGUCUCAACAAGUUGCAGACGCCAGUUAUAUUGAAUCUGGACUUGCUACUCCUGAAAAGCAGGAAAGGUUGAGUGUUUCCAGUGUAGUUGUUGGAACACAUGUUUGGGUUGAGGAUCCUGAGGUAGCUUGGAUAGAUGGAGAGGUUGUUGAAAUCAAUGGUGGAGAUAUUAUAGUCAACUGUACAUCAGGGGCAAUUACUUACACAGGAAACAUACUGAUUGCUGUGAAUCCUUUUAAAAGAUUACCUGAAUUGUAUGGCAAAUGUGUCAUGGAAAAGUAUAGAGGAACUGCACUUGGGGAGUUGAGUCCUCACCCUUUUGCUAUUGCUGAUGCUGCUUACAGACAGAUGAUUAAUGACGGGAUCAGCCAGUCAAUUUUGGUUAGUGGAGAAAGUGGAGCUGGCAAGACAGAAAGCACAAAGAUGCUAAUGAAUUAUCUUGCAUAUAUGGGGGGCAGAGCAGCAUAUGAGGGACGGAGCGAGGAGCAACAAGUCCUUGAG